AUGAUCCACAACAUUCAAGGAUGUACGUUCCCUUUACUUCGACAACACCAGGUGCACGUUCUCAAUAAUCUUCCUGUCAAUUCCCCUAAACUAGAACUUCACUGUGCAUCUGGAGACGAUGACUUAGGGUAUAAGUACCCUGCUGUUGGAACAGAUUUCAAUUGGGAAUUUUGUGCGACCAAACGUACAUUAUUCUUUUGUCAUUUUUGGUGGGAUGGAAAAGAUCAAGCAUUUGAUGUAUUUAACGAUUUGUAUUAUUGCAUUCAUGAUGGAAAAGGUUUUGUUCUAGAGUAUACUACCAAAUGCCAAUGGAAAGUGCAGUCUGAUGGUUUUUAUUUGGGUUAUUAUGAUGAAGAUGUUGGUACGAUUGUUUACACAAAAUACCGUGAUUG